GACCCCUGAAAUACUCAAGCUUGCACCGUCAAAUAAAAAUAUAAGUCAGAUGUAAAAAACCUAGGCUCCUGUGACAAAGAAAGACGCAGAAGUUCAUUCCUAUCACCAUCCAUCAAACUUCUGAAGUAUUCAUGUGACCUUAGAGCGUGCAUCAGAAUACCACUGAGUUACAAUCAGAAUACUGAGCCAAGACUAAGAACAGAAUCAGCACUAUUGUGAGACUGCUGAAGCCCGGCCCCGGUAUACAAGAGGACGAGGAUAGGUUGAGAUAAGACAGGGGUAGGACGAGAGUAGUGUAAAGAUAGGAAGACGGAAGGACGAGGGCAGGACGACGGAAGAACGAGGAAAGCAUAAGGAUAAAACGAGGGUAAGAAAAAGAUAGGACGAAGGUAGGACAAGGAUAGGAACUGACAUAAAACGAGGGCAGAUCGACCAGGAAGGCCAUCCAUCAUGGGGAAACGGACGUGCCACUCCUUGAAGACAAUCAACGCUCUCCUCUUCGGCAUCCUGGUCGUGACUUCCACGCUGUCUCUGCUGCUCCUCUGGGCGAUGUGCAACCAAGCAGAAAACGGCUGUUUCUCUAACUCGCGCAGAACUGUCUUCUAUUCUUCGUCCGGCGCCAACUUUGACUUCUCCUUUAAGUGGAAACAAUUUGAGAACGACAACAACAACAAGCACUUGGCAGGCAGCUUCCAAAAUCCCAUUUCAGAGGCUGCCCGUAAAUUUGGGUUCGUCAGUACGGUAGCCACUUCGAAAGUUGUUAUCAGAGAAAACGGGAAGUCGUUUUCAAACACUCCUGCGAGGAGCGGCUCCGAAAUCCUGGAUGAGUACAGCAAAAAGGGAGCAGUUCUACGAAAGAAGUUCAACUGCAGUAAACUAUUCGCCCACAACGACAGUGAAAUGGAGAAGGUGAGACAGCACCACGCACGAUACAAUGGCACAUACACGACAAUUACCAGCGAGAACGCUGUACGAAUGCUUGAAGACUGCAACACUUUUAAGAAAGCCAGGGGUUAUGGGUCUGACCUAAACUCUGAUGAGGAGCAGGACUUCCCUAUAGCUUUUAUCGUCCUCGUCCAUCGGGAUUUCGAACAUCUGGAGCGACUUCUCAGGCUAGUAUACAGGCCACAGAACAUCUUCUGCAUCCAUGUCGACGCGAAGGUGGACGAGUCCCUGAAGAGAGCUGUGGCGUCGCUGGCUGAGUGUUUUCCCAACGUGAUCCUGGCGUCCAAGCCUCAGAAGAUUGUAUACGCACACAUCAGUCGUCUCAACGCGGACAUGAUUUGUAUGAAGGAUUUACUAGCGCACGGCGCUCCUUGGAAGCAUGGCGUACAACAGCUUCAGUAGAGAGUUCGUAGAGUGGGCACUGACUGACCAGAGGUCAAAGGAUCUGCUGGCUUGGAGUGAGGCCACAUACAGUCCAGACGAGCACUACUGGGCCACCCUGAACAACCUGUUCCACAACGGCUUCCUGCAGACGCCAGGAGGAUUUUAUGGCCACCCGGAGUCGAAAGGAUACGUCUCAAGGUACAUCAGCUGGCAGUACGAAGAUUCGCUCAAGAAAUGUCAAGGUCGAAUCAUAAGACACAUCUGUAUCUUCUCAGCCUUUGACCUCCACGUCCUCAUCACCAUGAAACAAAUGGCUGCUAACAAAUUCGACUUGACCUUUGACCCUAUCGCCUACGGGUGCAUGGAAGAGCAGAUACAAAGAAAGACCAGCACAGGCAAAUCCUUAAGCUUGAACACCUACGAGAAUUUGUUUUUUGUAAAAUUCAAGCCAGAUUUACAGACCACCAAACCCCAAAAGAGUGUCGUCUCUACGACCACACGCCUAACGACGAGCUCAACAUCCCGUAGCAGACAGAAGGAUAGCUAAACAGAUUGACCGACAGACAGACAGACAGACAGACAGACAGACAGACAGACAAUAGCAGUGGCGGAUGACAGCCUUCUGUUCAUAAUAAUGCAUUCCAUAAUUAUAUUAUUUGUACUACCAAACCAAGCGCUCUUUUCCUAGACCGGCCCCUGUAGUGUAGUAGCUAGACGCUACAAUAUCAUGUGCAGAAUACGAGCGAUCACGCCCUUUUCUUUCCAUGAGGAAACGUCUAGAUUUGUUUGCUACCUUCGAAUUACAAAGUUCUAUCUGGCCGUUUUGAGUUACCAAAACCUUGAGUUCAGAAACCAAAUGUUCUAUCUGCUCUAGCAAAAUCGUAAUAUUAUUCUGAAUUGUUAUCAAAGUAUUCAAAAAAUUGCGUUCGAAAAAGCUUGGUGUGAUAGAAAACUCAAAAUUUGUAACGACAAAUUUCUAAUAACUAGGUUCUGAGCAAAUAGAACCUUGUAAUUCUAAGGUAGCGCUGUGUUUGCUAUUACAGCUAGUAGCUCCCACCGUUAGAUCAGUUGGCAUUAUGUUGGACAAGGGAACGGAUGACCCUGGGAAGAUCAAAGCCUGAUUCACGAUUCAUCAAACUCCAAAAGAAAAAAGAGCAACAGCUACGAAACAAAACCAACCCAGACUUUUCUAUAGGCAUGAAAACUUGGGUGGGGGAAGGGGG